AUUUGACUUUGUUUUACUCCUCUUUUGAAGUUUGAAACCUGUCGGAGUUUGAAAGUUCUUCUGGUAGAGAAGGAUAUGGCAGGUACAGCAUGUUUCAUUAUUGUCAGCAAAAAUGACAUUCCUAUAUAUGAAGCUGAAGUGGGCUCUGCACUUAAGAAAGAAGAAGCCGCCCAGCAGCAUCAAUUCAUAUUGCAUGCAGCUUUGGAUAUUGUUCAAGACAUUGCAUGGAAUACAAGUGCUAUGUUCUUGAAGGCAGUGGACAGGUUCAAUGAUUUGGUGGUGUCAGUUUAUGUUACUGCGGGUCAUACACGAUUUAUGCUGCUUCAUGAUUCUCGUAAUGAUGAUGGAAUUAAAAGCUUCUUCCAAGAGGUCCAUGAGCUUUAUAUAAAGAUUCUUCUCAAUCCCCUCUACUUGUCUGGUUCCCGUAUUACAUCUUCCCAUUUUGAUACCAAAGUUCGAGCACUUGCCAGAAAAUAUCUGUAAAGCCAUCCUAUCCUCUUGGGUGAAGUGAUGAAGUCAAGCUCCAGGGAGACAACAUGAAACAGCUAAUCACUUUCUUGCAUUAUGCAUUUUGAUGCCACUUUCUUUGGCUUGACAUGAGAUGUAUUGAGCAGUACCAUAGCCAGUUUCUUGAAGUGGUCUAGAAUUUAAUUCCAAGAUGAAGUUUAUAGAAAGGUUUUGAUCAUAAAAUUGAGUUGCUUGUGUGGUAUACCUUUUUUUUUGUCUUCAAUUGUACUCAACUUUAUUCACAAGGAAUCAUUUUUCCCCU